AUGCCUCAGUUGUUGGAAUCCACUCGAAACUACCUCAGGUCAUCGACCAAGCUCGGUCGGAGGUUGAGCAGCUACAGGGAUGACUCGAGAAGUGCCAGCGAGUCCAGUCUUCAAGAUACGAACACAGCCACGUCCACCACUCCUUCGAGCGCGGAAAGUCUCAAGCUCAAGCUGCCACAGCAACAGCACCGCCCAACAACACAGAACCGUCUCUCGUCUCUGUUCUCGCUGGAGGGUCGGAACAGGAACUCGAUCUCGUCCGAGGAUCGCGCAGCAACAGUAGCAGCAGCAACGCCAACGAUACUAGCAAAUGCUACACCCGUAACUACAGGAGCUAAAGUCGGACCCGAUCAUGACAUCACUCUUCCAAAGAAGCGCAGGAGUUUUCAUAGCAGGAAGAGUUCUCAACACCAACAAGAAAAGCAUCAUCGUCUUUCCAGGCCGGACCUGUACGAGGAUGUGCCUCGAGGUCGCUCGCCCACACUCUCCAUGUCUCAUACCGAUCACACCGCCGGUUCGGGAUCAUCGUCCUAUGAUGCCCGUCCAAGCGACUACCCCACGCUGAAGCAGUACCAGGCACAUGUCUGGAGACGUAACCUGCUGGAAGAAAGCAUCAUGCACUCGCUCAGGCUCGAAUAUGGAGAGUCUGGCAACCGUCACCCUCGGUCAAGCUCUCGCCACCGCUCCCGCUCUCGCUCCCUCAAGGGCGGCCGCAGCCGAAAGAUGUCCCGUGAGCAGCACUCGGCCAUGUUGGUGGCCGCCAUGUCCAAGGAUCUCCCUCCCUGUCCUAAUGGCGAUGGCACUACACCCGUCACCGUGGUUUUGUCCCGCUCUGGCCCAGUGCCAACCAUGGACGGAAAGAAGUCUGCCAAGAACGGCAACAGCCCCUACCAGAUGUUGCUCAACCCUUCGACGACCAAUGUCACGCACUCGUUCGCCAGUUUCACUUUGGAGCUUGACGAGCACCAGGUGUCACAUGUGAUGAACUCGUCUGCUAUUCCUGGCCUGUUUACCAUCAAGGUUGGGCCUUCAAGACAGCGAGGACGGACUAACUCUACGGCACGCAUGAUGGCGACGACAGGACAUGGCCCAACUACCCGUGUCUUGACCGGCAAGACGACCAUCUAA